AUGUCUGAAUAUAUUCGGGUGACGGAAGAUGAGAAUGACGAACCUAUCGAAAUACCAUCGGAAGAUGAUGGAACGGUGCUACUGUCCACGGUUACCGCCCAGUUUCCAGGGGCAUGUGGUCUGCGCUACAGGAAUCCAGUAUCUCAGUGUAUGAGAGGCGUUCGACUAGUCGAAGGAAUUCUGCAUGCCCCCGAUGCUGGCUGGGGAAAUCUGGUCUAUGUUGUCAACUAUCCCAAAGAUAACAAAAGAAAAAUGGAUGAGACAGACGCUUCAUCAGCUGUGAAGGUGAAACGAGCAGUCCAGAAGACGUCUGACUUGAUUGUGUUGGGGCUUCCAUGGAAGACAACUGAGCAGGAUCUGAAAGAGUAUUUUAGUACUUUUGGAGAGGUUCUUAUGGUGCAGGUCAAGAAGGAUAUUAAAACUGGUCAUUCAAAAGGAUUUGGCUUUGUUCGUUUUACGGAAUAUGACACCCAAGUGAAAGUAAUGUCCCAGCGGCAUAUGAUAGAUGGACGGUGGUGUGACUGUAAACUGCCCAACUCGAAGCAAAGCCCUGAUGAGCCUUUGAGGAGCAGAAAAGUGUUCGUUGGGCGUUGUACGGAGGAUAUGACUGCAGACGAGUUGCGGCAGUUCUUUGGCCAGUAUGGAGAAGUGGUAGAUGUCUUCAUUCCCAAACCAUUCAGGGCUUUUGCCUUUGUUACGUUUGCAGAUGAUCAGGUUGCCCAGUCUCUUUGUGGAGAGGACUUGAUCAUUAAAGGAAUCAGCGUACAUAUAUCCAAUGCUGAACCUAAGCACAAUAGCAAUAGACAGUUAGAAAGAAGUGGAAGAUUUGGUGGUAAUCCAGGUGGAUUUGGGAAUCAGGGUGGAUUUGGUAAUAGUCGAGGGGGUGGGGCUGGCUUGGGAAAUAAUCAAGGUAGUAAUAUGGGUGGAGGGAUGAACUUUGGGGCUUUCAGCAUUAAUCCAGCAAUGAUGGCUGCAGCCCAAGCAGCCUUACAGAGUAGCUGGGGUAUGAUGGGCAUGCUAGCCAGUCAGCAGAACCAGUCAGGCCCGUCGGGUAAUAACCAAAGCCAAGGCAACAUGCAGAGGGAGCCAAAUCGGGCUUUUGGUUCUGGAAAUAACUCUUACAGUGGCUCCAAUUCUGGUGCAGCAAUUGGUUGGGGAUCAGCAUCAAAUGCAGGGUCUGGCAGUGGUUUUAAUGGAGGCUUUGGCUCAAGCAUGGAUUCCAAAUCCUCUGGCUGGGGAAUGUAGACAGUGGGUUCUGGUUGGUUGG